CAGUGUUAACACUUUCUAACAUAUAGGUAAAUUCAACUCUAGUGGUAAUGACGUUAUAAACAGUGUCCUACUUCUUACUCACACUGCAGCCUGUGCGUUUAAAAGAAGGCAGACCUCAACGUACAGUAGCAUGUUGGGUAGGAAACAAAGAGGAGGAGCUAUUCCAAAUGAGACCUCCCCCUUUCACCCCCACCCCUCCUAUUGCUGAGCUCCCAAGCACAAAGAGGCAGCACAUGGCUGACUGAUUUUGAAACCACCCUCCAAUAGAAACUGAAGUGUUAUGGAGGCAGAGGACACAUGCGCUUGUGCAGUCCCGCCCCUGUCAUGUGCAGCAGAGAUACGGAAGUGGAAUCAGUGUUGCCAACUUGGCGACUUUCCAAAUCCUCUUAGCGACUUUUUUUGUCAAAAGCGACUAGCGACAAAUCUAACGACUUUUUCUGGUGUAACUGGAGACUUUUCUGGUGUUUUGGAGACUGACGUGAAAGCACGUAUCACUCUGCAUUUACUGUCCUCAACGUGCAGCAGGUGCCUCCGUGAGCCCCUCCUCCGUCCGAAAACUUUCACAGUAGCCUCGCGCAGCAGUUCCAGCUGCAGUCAGAGCAGAGACCCACUCCGCCCCGCGGCAAGACUACUAACGAAUCGCGCAUGCGCAAAGCCGCCGCUGAGCCCGGAUAAAAGAGGAGGAUUUUGUAUAUCGACAUCUUCUCACUCCUGUAUCCAUCAUGUCACUCCUGACUCACAUACUGGCGUGCCUGUUUGGAAUGGGCUCCUGGGUGGCCAUUAAUGGGAUGUGGGUGGAGCUUCCCCUGAUUGUAACAGCGAUCCCAGAGGGCUGGUACUUGCCCUCCUACCUGACAGUCCUCAUCCAGAUGGCCAACAUAGGCCCUCUCUUCAUCACCCUGAUGCAUCGCUUCCGCCCAGGGGUGUUGGAUGAGCGUCCUGUCAUCUACUGUAUUGUGGGGUUGGGGGUCAUUGCUACGUCUUUGCUGGCUUUCUUCUGGAGGCACAGGGUGACAGUAGGGGGCUCUCUGCACAGUGUGCCCCUGCUGGUAUUAAGCUUCCUGCUCUCUGUAGUAGACUGCACCUCCUCUGUUACCUUUCUGCCUUUCAUGAUGCGGCUACGUCCACAGUACCUCACGACAUACUUUGUAGGUGAAGGUCUCAGUGGGCUGGUGCCUGCACUGGUGGCUCUGAUACAAGGUGUUGGUGUAGCGCACUGUCAGAAUGCUACAUUGGCAGGUGCAGCCAACAACACAGCUGAUAAUUCCACUAUGGUUGCCAGUCCAGAGCUAAAAGCUGUCUACCAGCCAGCUAAAUUCUCUGCCCAAGUCUUCUUUGUGUUUCUCAGUGCUAUGAUGGCCGUGUGCCUGGUAGCUUUCAUCCUACUUAACCAUCACCCAGCUGUGGCUCGAGAGAGGAAGAAUGACUUGUACUUCAGUGGUGAUCUGGUCCCUGAGAAGAGAGAGCAAGGCCUGUCUUUGCAUGAGCAGACACCAGAGCAGAAGCCAAUGAUCAGUCCUCAGGAGUCAAGUGGCAGAGAACCCAGGAGCGCUUUUGGGAGGGGAACAUACAGCAAUCUUGAGGUGGUGUUCAUCUUUGUUGUGCUGGCUUGGGUUAAUGCUCUGACCAAUGCAGUGCUGCCCUCGGUGCAGUCCUACUCCUGUCUGCCUUAUGGGAACCAGGCCUACCAUCUAGCUGCCACUAUGGCAGCCCCAGUCGCUUGCUUCAUUGCCAUGUUUAUGCCUUUUAGGUCACCCAGCCUCAUGGGUUGCUUGACAAUGUUUGGGACUGGAUUUGGAGCCUACAUAAUGGCCAUGGCUGCUCUGAGUCCCUGCCCCCUUUUGGUCCAUAGUGCAUAUGGAACUGUAGUCAUAGUGCUGGUCUGGAUCCUGUUUGUACUGUCUCUGUCCUACGUCAAGGUCAUCAUUGGGUUGAUUCUGAGGGACGAGGGCUACAGUGCCCUGGUGUGGUGUGGAGCAGUAGUGCAGCUGGGUUCCAUGGUUGGUGCUAUAUCCAUGUUCCCGUUGGCCAGUAACUCUAGUCUGUUCAGAUCAGGUGAUCCUUGCAACACAACAUGUCCAAUGUAGACAAUAAACCUGUUUAAGUUAGACACUUCUAUAUAAAACGCUAAAAUGCAAACUGUACUUUUAUUGGCAGUGAACUUAUUGUGGUUACAUAUUCCAACUUGUUGAACGAGAACAAGAUGAUACAUGUGUAUUGUAUGCUUUGUGCAGAUAUCUGUAUUUAUUGACUUAUGGUGUGAGUUUUACAGGGAGCUGAAAGAAUGUCUACAUUGUCAGUGUCUCAGAUCACACAAGACCACUAAAUAGUGCACGUCUGUCUCAAUCCACAGGUCAAAGCCUUUUUACUUGAAUUGUUAAAACAAUGUGAAAGUAUUAGUGACAGAUGUUGCUUUUACAAGAACCUUCUGGUUUUAAAUGUGCCUUAAUUAAUAUUGGCCUGUAAAAUGUAUGCUCUGUUUUCUUUGGAUGAACAUAGUUGUUUAACAUGUUACUUGCUUUGCAUAUGGUACUGGAGUGGAAAACUGUUGAACAAUACCAAAUAAAACAUUUGCUUUCUAAAUAAGUGCCUUGCACUGCAGACCAUCUUAAACAUUCCCUUAAGCAAAUCCAGAUGGAGCAGGGUCAGUGACAGAUAUGGCAGGAGGGGGAGACAUCUAUUUUUCAGCCAGACGUUACAGGCAGUGUGUUCUGGAAAAGUGAAGUGAAAAAGAACAUUUUGUGCACCAAAGACAAAAAUACCAUCC